CACUUCCUCUUCAGCGGCGGCGACCAAGCAACGCUGUUUCUUCCUCAGCCCGUGCCGCCCCGCUUCCGGUUAUGCCUGCUCCCUUUCCGCUCAGGCUGAGCUGGAGGCCGGUCCUCGGCCAUGGUGCGCUUCCUGCAUAUCCAGAACCGGCAGCGAGCGCCGCUGACCCUCUGCGGAGACUGCCCCGCCGUGCAGGCUGAAGCAUCGCCAUAUUCUCUCGUUGACAUCUGCUUGAAUGCCUUAGUUGCAGAUUUGGAAAAAUUCUGUGUAGAAAGGCCAGAUGGGUCAUUGUGCCUCAAAGAAUCUGAACGGCUUCCUCAAGAAGUGGCUGAUCGAUUGCUACAGAUAAUGGCAUAUCGAGAGCUGCUUAAUGAUGGCACAGUGGGCAUCUUCCGGGGAAACCAAAUGCGUUUGAAGCAGGCUUGUAUCCGCAAAGCAAAAAUCUCAGCCCAGUCCUUUAAGAAGGCCUUCUGUCAUCAUAAACUAGUUGAACUUGAUGCUGCAGGAAUGAAUGCUGCUGUUACUAUUACGGAUGUGGUGCAUGGACUGGGCAGCAGUACUUGGAUCCAGAACAACCUUCAGUGCCUUGUUUUAGACUCAUUAACUCUUUCCUCUACAAAUCCGUAUGAAAGGUGUUUUAGUCAGUUAUCUGGUCUUCGCUCUCUGAGCAUUACAAAUGUCCUUUUCCACAAUGAAGAUCUAGCUGAGGUUGCUUCUCUGCCAAAAUUAGAAAGCUUGGACAUAUCCAACACUUCUGUUACAAAUAUAACUGCCCUCCUUGCUUGCAAGAAUCAACUGAAGUCUCUAACUAUGCAUAGUCUGAAAUGCUUGAAAAUGUCUGCCCCAGCGUUCUUAGCUGUAAUAAGAGAACUGGAACAUCUGAUCCAUCUUGAUAUCUCAGUUGAACAGCAUUCCACAUCAACCAUUCCCUGUCGUUUGCUAGAGCAAAAAGACAUUCUUCCCAAUCUUGUGUCUCUCGAUAUUUCUGGAAGUAGGAACAUUACAGAUGAGGCUGUGGAAGCAUUUGUCAGACAACAUCCAAGAAUGCGUUUUGUGGGAUUGCUAGGAACUGAAGCUGGAUACACAGAGUUCCUUUCAGGAGAGGGAGCCUUGAAGGUAUCGGGAGGAGAAAAUGAAAUGCAGAUUUCAGAAGCCUUGAAACGCUACAGCGAAAGAGCAUGUUUUGUGAAGGAGGCUUUCUUUCAUCUUUUUACUCAGACAUGUUUUCUGAGAAUUACAAAACCUGAAAUUCUAAAGCUUGUGAUUAUUGGAAUGAGAAACCACCCUUUGGACUUGGCAGUACAGUUGACUGCGAGUGCCUGUGCCCUCAACUUAACUAGACAAGGCUUAGCAGCAGACAUGCCGGUUCGUCUGCUCUCCAAUGUAAUCCAGUUGUUGCUAAAAGCUAUGGAAACAUUUCCUGAACAGCAGCAGAUUCAGAAAAACUGUCUUCUUUCAUUAUCCAAUGUCAGGAUUUUGCAAGAUGUUCCAUUUAACAGCUUUGCAGCUGCCAAAUUUGUUGUUCAGUGGUUGUGUAAUCAAGAAAAUCAACAUAUACAAAGGAUUGCAGUUAAUAUUAUCUCUAUCCUGGCACUUAAGCUUUCUGAUGAACAAGCAGCACAACUUACGUCAGAGUUCUACAUUGUAGUUGGGAAACUUCUUGAAAUAAUUGAACAGAAAACCAAUCAGAUUGAAUUGGAUACAACUUUCCAUUUUACGCUGAGUGCCCUUUGGAAUCUCACAGAUGAAUCUCCAACGACCUGCCGUCACUUCAUUGAUAACAAAGGAUUAGAACUUUUCAUGAGAGUUUUAGAGACAUUUUCUUCUGAUUCUUGUAUACAGCACAAAGUCCUUGGCCUUCUGAAUAACGUAGCAGAAGUGAGAGAGCUACAUCCCAGGUUAAUGCAGAAGGACUUCAUAGAUCAUGUCAAUGGAUUGCUGAGCAGUGCUGAGAUGGAAGUUGGUUACUUCUCAGCUGGGAUUAUUGCCAAUUUGCUGUCAAGAGGUGAACAAGCCUGGACAUUGAGUCAGACAUUGAGAAGAUCCCUUAUUGAAAAACUGCAUUCAGUCCUCUUGAAGUGGCCAACUCCAGAAUGCAAGAUGGUAGCGCUUCCAGCUUAUAGAUCCCUCAGAGCUUUCUACCCAUUGCUAGACUGCUUUGCUUUACCUGGUGUACAGAUAUGGGCAGCAUGGGCCAUCCUGCACAUCUGUUGCAAAACCCCUGCCAGGUACUGUGCCAUGUUAAUAGAAGAGAAUGGACUACAGCAUUUAUAUAACAUCAAAGAAAAUGAUCAAAGUGAUCCAGAUGUCCGGUUUCUAACAACUGAGAUACUAUCUUAUGUGAACACUCACAUGAAAUAUUAUGGAAAAUCUAAACACCGAAAGGAGCUGCACACCAAAGCAAAUGGAUAACAGAGGGCACAACUGAACCUUUAUCCUGUAGUGUUCACAAGGUGUGCUGGCGAUUUCUGACCCAGAUGGCCUUUCUUGUAAGAUCUGAAGAUGCUUGUAUGCUGCACACACCUGGAAGUUUACAAAUUGCUUCAGGGGAAAUAAGGUCCUAAACAAAACUACUCAGUAGUUUUGCGGGACAAACUUAAGCCUGACAUUUGCAGACAGUCAGUUUCAUAGCGGCAGUCUCAAGGUCAAGGACAUCACAAAGCUUUAAAACUGUUUCUUCUCCCGCAAGUAAUCCCCAAAAAUGGGGUCCUCUUCCAUCAUUAGCUUUGUUCUAUCAACAGCUGAAUAAACAGUAGUGUUUAUAACUGCUGAGCAAAAAUAAACAUUGGCAUAAUCUAA